AUGGCUUCCGCUUUCAACCUGCUCACAGCCGGGGGUGCCAAAUUUGACAAGACCCGGUUUAAGAAUGAUUUUGAGCUGUUCACAGCAAAGAAGGACAGGAAAGGAAAGGGUAAAGCAUCUAUCUCGCAAAGUAAUAUCAAAUCAUCGACUACUUUACCCCAUUCAUUAGACUUCUUCGGAGACCGUGCUCAAGCCAAACCUGUCAACGAUGAGGAUUCAGACUCUGACGCUUCAUCCUCUUCAUCGUCUUCGUCCAUCCCUGCUCCGCCUCCUCAGAAAAUCACCUUGACAGGGCCAGAACCCUUACCUAAAUCACUACAUACGAAUCUCCCUUCUUUGGUCAAUUCCGAAUCCUCCUCAUUAUCAUCUCGAGCCGGUGAACCGCUUCUCAAAGCAUUGAAAAGCGGCAAUAUACACUCGUUAUGGGGUGUGCAAUGUGCUGUCGGCGGUUGUCUGUUGGAGAAGAAAGAUACGAUCUGUGUAGCUCCGACUGGUUCAGGAAAGACUUUGUCAUAUGUUCUACCCACCCUCGUCAACCUUAGAGAUCCAGCUAGGAGCUUGAAGGACUCGGAUGAAGGGAAAGGCAUUCGGGCAAUAGUUGUUGUUCCAACUCACGAUUUAGCUGUACAGAUAUUGGGAGUUGUAAAAGCUGUAACUAGGGGAAGAUCGUGGAGAUGUAUCGCUCUUUCAAAGGCGACGGAAAAAGCGGUCUGUGAUAGCUCACCUGGCAGCUCGACAAGUGACUCGGAAAGGCAAGAAAUUGAUGGAGAUUCUGAGGAAGAGGAGGGAGAAGUCACCGAAGACACAGACGAUGGGUCGACGCUCAGUCUGAACGAGUUCGCUCAACCCAAAUCUGGGAAUCCAACCGGUCUAGGAAUAGACAUAUUGUUGGCCACCCCAGAGAGACUCCACCAUUUACUCGAAUCGAACUUGUUGUCGCUUGCGCGUACUCGAGUCAUAAUCUUUGACGAGUCCGACCGACUGCUGUCACCUGAUUUCCUGCCUCAAGUUGAACCCAUCCUCUCAGCGUGUACCCAUCCCAAAAUUCAGAAAUGCUUCUUGUCUGCGACAAUGCCAUCGGGCGUGGAGGAGUUGGCGAAGAAAUGGCUAAAAGAUGAAGGUGUAAGAGUAGUCGUCGGUGUCAAGGAUUCAGCGGUCACGACGGUCGACCAAACUCUCCUUUAUACUGGAUCAGAAUCCGGUAAACUUCUCGCGCUCAAAAACUUCAUUUCCACAGGUUCAUUACCUUAUCCAUCAUUGAUUUUCGUGCAAUCCAUCGAAAGAGCCGACGAGUUGUAUAAGACCCUCGUUUUGGAAGGAGUGAAAGCUGAUGUUGUCCAUGGAGGCAGAGGGAAGAGUAAGAGGGAUGAGGCAAUCAAAAGGUUUAGAUUGGGAGAUGUUUGGAUGUUAGUGGUCACUGAAGUGUUGGCUAGAGGCAUGGAUUUUAGAGGUGUCAAAGUCGUUGUAAAUUAUGACUUCCCUCAAUCCGUGCAAUCAUACAUACAUCGAAUUGGACGUACUGGAAGAGCUGGCAGACCAGGAAAAGCAGUAACCUUCUUUAACAUCGAGGACGGUCCAUAUCUCCGAACUAUCGCCAAUGUAUUACGAUCAAGUGGGUGCCCAGUUCCUGAAUACAUGAUGGACAUGAAGAAACCCACCAAAAACCAAAAACGGGAUCUUGCGAAGGCACCCAUCAAGCGAAAAGCUGUUGGUGGUGGUGGAAGAGAUGUAGCGCGAGAAAAGGGUCAAAAGAGGAAAGACAUGGUGGAAGGCAGUAAGAGAAGGAAAGUGCGGGGCGACAUUGAUUUGGAGGAGGAUUAG